CAUAAGUGUCAGCUUGGCAUUGAUAUCAGGGUCAUACUGAUUAGAGCUGUCAGCCGAAAAGCAUUGUGCUGAUCUAAGGGAUAUGCCGAAUGGCAGUUAAGACCCUGAUAUGUAUCUGCAUGAUGAUAAACAUUCAUAAUGGACAUCUUCCGACGCUUCUAUUAGACGAUGUGAUCCUGUUCCUUUCUACUCUGUAUUCAACAUGAUCUUCCGUUAUUAGAAACUCGGUUCCUCAGAUAUGGCGCGUAAGCAGCAUUUAGUGCGCAGCCAUGCGCACGAAGAAGAUAUUCCCGGGACCGUGAAUGUCCAAGCCGUCGAGGGAGACGAUGCCUACUAUGGCCAGGCCCUUUUCCCUGUUCCGGCCGAGGACCCAAACGACCCCUUGCAAUGGUCGAGGGCUAAGAAGAUUACGAUCCUGGUGAUUAUGUGCGGAUAUUCGUUCCUAGGAAAUUCGGCCCUCUUGGGCCCGGGCCCUUAUUUAACACUUUGGUCAGAGGUGUUCGAUAUUUCCCCAGGAGAUGCAUCGACACUCAUAUCCUAUCCAAACCUCGCCUAUGGAUUCAGCUCCCUUUUGCUAGUUCCUCUCUAUCUAAAAUUCGGAAGACGACCGGUAAUGCUAGGGUCCAUGUUAGCAUUUAUCGCUGGCCUCAUUGGAUCCGCAUGCGCUAAUAAUUUCGCCGCAUUAAUGGCAUGGCGAGUCAUCUCUUCCUUUGGCGCUGGAAUUUGCGAGGCCCUCCCCGUGCAGCUAGUCAGCGACAUAUUCUUCUUACAUGAGCGUGGGAAGCACAUCGGCUACUAUACAUUCGGCAUGUGCUUUGCGGCAGUAGCGACGAUUCCAGCUGCGUACAUGUUACCGACGAAAUACUCGUGGAGGCUCUUCUUCUAUGUAAUGCUCGCAUUCGCCAUCGCUCUAUUCAUCCUUGCUUUUCUGUUCGUCGAAGAAACUUGCUACGAUCGGGAGGCGCAUAGGAGUCACAAUACUUCCCCCGAACGCUCAGAUGAGAUAGCAUCUAACGGCUCGGAAAAGCCCGACGAAGACACCGUCGAGCGAACGACGAGUAUUCCAAAACGUAAAUCGUUCCUAAUGACACUUCGUCUGUGGGGUUAUGUUGAUCCAGAGGUCAAUAUCUUCACACUGAUGUGGCGGUCCUUUACGUACUUCCUAGUACCGCAAGUUCUAUGGGUUGUUACCUCCUUUGGAACCAUCAUAGGACUAGGCGCGUUGGCAUUCAACUUCGUCUUCCCAAUCAAGAUCACAGCGCCCCCGUACAAUUGGCCCGAGUCAAGUUCUGGCGUACAAUCGCUCGGGUCCCUUCUUGGAUUCCUUCUAGCCCUUCCAUUCACUUCCACUUCAGAUCGACUCGCAGCAUACCUAACGCGACGCAACCACGGCAUUCGAGAAGCAGAAAUGAGAUUAGGAGUAAUGUUACCGGCCAUGAUCAUAGGUCCAGCCGGAUUAGUAGUCUACGGUCUUACUGCGCAGUUCAACUUGCAUUGGAUAGGAUAUUUCUUCGGAUCUGGCUUGUCCUCUUUCGGCGGCUAUUUCUAUUACUGCUUCACCUUGGCAUAUGCGGUCGACUCGUAUAAUAGCAACACAUCCGAGAUGCUUAUCGCAAUAAACGUCGGCAAGCAGGCAGUGAGCUUCGGGUUGGGCUUUGGCGUCCUGGAUUGGGUUCUAGAAAGGGGGUACGGUGUCAUUAUUGCAGGGGUCUUUGGCGCGGUGUUCCUGGCGAAUAACCUAGCACUCAUCCUGUUUAUGUUCCGAGGUAAACAGAUCCGACGGUUCAUGUCAACAUCUUGGUUAGCUAAGCUCCAUGGAAGGGCAAAUGGCCAUGAAUCACAUACGUUGUGAGGCUGGCCCCUAUAUACGAGGUUGUGGGUAUCAGCGUAUUAAGUAAGUUUGCUUAAAUCUUAGAAGAUCAUAUAGAUAGAAACAAUAAGAUCUAUGGAAUGAUAAUUGAAAACCUUGA